AUGGGACCAAAAGCAAAACCAGGAGCAAACGCAGAACUUGAUAAAGUAUUACAAUAUAUAAAUCAAGAGAAUAGACCAUUUACAGCAGCACUUUUAGAACAAAAGAUGCCAUCACUUACAAAGGCUGCUUGUCAAAAGAUACUCAAGGCAUUGGAUGAUAAAGGAAAGAUUGCAUCGAAAGAGUUUGGAAAGACAUUGGUCUAUUGGAAAUUACAAGAAAAGGAAGAGUUGGAUGAAUAUGGACAACCUAUAAACGGUGGCAAGCCUACGGUUGAAGACAUUGCUCGUCAAAUCACUUCAAAAAAGGCAGAGGCUGAAUCAUUGGCCAAUGAAUAUAAACAACUUCAAGUAGAAUCUAGAAAACUUGAAUCACAACCAACAGACAAGGAAAUAGAAGAUGAAAUUAAAAAAUUAACAGAAGAAAACAAAGCAUUACAAGACAAGGUUAAUCAAUAUGCAAAGAAAAAGGAUGUUGUCAUGUCUGAAUCUGAAUUAAAACAAUUAAAAGAGAAUCAUGCAAAAGCAAGAAGAGAAUGGGUAAAAAGAAAGAAAACAUUUAAAGAAGUUGUUGAUGCAGUAUUGGAAAGAACUGGAAAAAAGAAAGCAGAUUUGAAAGAAAAUAUUGGUUGGGAAGAUGAUGAAGAUCUUGGUGUUAAAAUGAUUGAAGAUAGAAGUAAACCAGAUAGAGAUGUUAAAAAGGUUAAAAGAUAA